UAGUCUUUUGACGUUCUCUCUAUAAAAUGUUUCCCCUUUCUUAUUAUAGUCAUUCCAGGUCUCCGCUUUACAGGUAGAAAAGCAGAGACUAAGAUGGGUAGGAAAUCUUACUAUCCUUUAUUUCUACUUUUCACAUUCAUUUUUCAUUCAUGUUUGAUUUAUGAGGUGGCUGGUGAUCAUGAUCCAUUGGUUGAAUUACAAAGGGAAGCAUUGGAAGAAAGGGAAGCAUUGGAGAUAAUCAUUGGCGGCGGCGGUGGUGGCUAUGCUCCUGCUCCUUCUCCUGAAAAUGAGGAAUGCCCGCCUCCUCCAGAACCCAUCUGUCCCCCACCAUCACCACCACCACCGCCACCCCCACCACCACCGCCUCCCCCACCACCCCCACCACCACCAAGGCCACCCCCACCACCACCAACCCCAAAAAAAAGCCCACCCCCACCACCACCAACCCCAAAAAAAAACCCACCCCAACGCCCACCCCGAAAACCAAGCCCACGCCCACGCCCACGCCCACGCCCACCACCAACACCCUCGAAUCAAUUACCAGCAAAUAUCAUAAGGGAUUAUAACACAAUUAAGGAAUUCAGUAAAAAAAUUAAAGGCGAUCCCAUGGGCAUAACAAGAACAUGGAACAGGGCGGACAGAAAUGUCUGUAAAUAUGAAGGCUUUGCAUGUGAUUAUAGGCCUGACUUUAAACGGCUAUCUGUAGCAGCAGCAGACUUCAAUGGUUACAAUUUUUCUGGUCCUGACCUUCAGACUAAAGGUCUACUUGAUAAAUUGGUGGACUUGGCUAUCUUCCACGCAAACUCCAACAAAUUCAAAGGGUCUGUGCCAGAUGAUAUAGGAGUUGAAAAUAUCAAAUACUUUUACGAGCUCGAUCUAAGCAACAACAACUACCAUGGUGGCUUCCCCACUUCAGUUCUUGCUGCCAGACAGUUAACCUUCUUGGAUAUCAGGUUCAACCAAUUUUCCGGGCCAAUUCGAAGAGAAGUAUUCAAUCUAGACCUGGACGUGCUUUUCCUCAACAACAACAAUUUCAGUCAACAACUUCCUAAUAAUGUUGGCUCUACCUCUGCCUUAUAUCUCACUUUCGCUAACAACUUGUUCACUGGGCCUAUUCCAAACAGCAUUGGCAGAGCUAAAAGACUACGCGAGGUGCUUUUACUGGGCAACAACUUCUCAGGAUGCUUGCCAUACGAGAUUGGUUUCUUGAAAACAGCCACUGUGUUUGAUGCGAGCUGCAACAAGCUGACUGGCCCAAUACCGCACUCAUUUGCCUGCUUGACGAAGAUACAGAUCCUGAACCUGGCUACGAAUGAGUUUUACGGGCCGGUGCCGGAGAUGGUGUGCAAGCUUCCAAAUCUGCAAAACUUGUCAUUAUCAGGCAACUAUUUCACUCAGGUCGGACCUGAGUGCAGGAAGUUGAUUUGGAUGAAGAGGCUUGAUGUUAGAAAGAACUGCAUUUUAGACCUUCCAAAUCAAAGAACAGCACAAGAGUGUAGAGAAUUCUUCUCCAAGCCCAGGAAAUGUCCUAAUGAGAAAUCACUCACCAUUGUUCCUUGCAGUAAGAACUAUGGCAACGCAGCAGCCGAGUUUGAUCAACAAGCAACGGUUGCUGCUCCACCUAUAUCAUAUGAUGCUCUUUCGCCACAAAAUAAGUUACGAUUUUAAUUUUUAAGGAGACCCAUUUAAGACUUGUCUUCUCGAUGGGCAUUGUGGCUCUGCAUUGAAAUAUAGACUUGAUUUCCAAAUUGCUGAUGAUUUGUAUAAUGAAUAAUUAAUCCAAGUAACCAGUGACUCUAGGUCAAUGGUACUAGGUCGUUUUCGAAGUCUUGAUUUUAAAUUCCAAGCAUAUUGUAACAAUAAUAAUAAUAAUAGUAAUAAAUCAGUCCAUGUAAUUAAUUAAGUCAAUUCUGCCUUCAAGCAAAUGCAAUUUCCUAGUUUUAAUGAUA